AUGUUUGCGGAAGUGUAUUAGCGGCUGCAGGUUGUCGGCUCAUCGACUCUUUUUAAUAUAUUUUUAUGUGGAUUUCGCAAAUUUGAGCUCCAAAAUGAAUCUACCAAAGGGACCGGACUCUCUCUGCUUCGACAAAGAUGUUUUCAUGAAGGAUGAUUUUGAUGUCGACCAGUUUGUGGCUGAGUGUCGGAAGCAGGUCCAGUUGGAGGAGAUGAGAGAAGACCUGGAGCUCUACUACAAGCUACUGAAAACAGCCAUGGUGGAGCUCAUCAACAAGGACUACGCAGACUUUGUUAAUCUCUCCACCAACCUGGUGGGAAUGGAUAAAGCUCUCAAUCAGCUUUCUGUGCCGUUAGGACAGUUACGAGAGGAGGUUAUGAGUCUGCGAUCCUGUGUAAGUGAGGUAAUACAGUCUAUCGACAACCAGCUCUCCAAACAGGAGGACCUUCAGAACAAAAAGGUGUGUGUACUGAGGCUGAUUCAGGUGGUCCGUUCAGUGGAGAAGAUUGAGAAAAUACUCAACUCACAGACCUCUAAAGAAUCCAGCUCUCUGGAAAUCAGCAGCCCAUUGUUAGCAGGGCAGAUACUGGAGAGGAUUGCCACAGAAUUUAACCAGCUGCAGUUCCACGCUGUGCAGAGCAAAGGCAUGCCCCUUCUGGAUAAAGUCAGACCUCGUAUUGCAGGGAUCACCUCCAUGCUGCAGCAGUCUCUGGAGGGCCUGCUGAUUGAGGGCUUGCAGACAUCGAAUGUGGACAUGGUGCGUCACUGCCUGAGGACGUAUGCCACCAUAGACAAGACACGCGAUGCUGAGGCCCUGGUGGGGCAGGUGCUGGUCAAACCAUACAUGGAUCAGGUAAUUGUUGAAGAAGCGGUGAAGUCCAAUCCAAGCGGUCUCCAGCUGAUGUACUCUCGUCUUCUGGAUUUUGUCCCUCACCACUGCAGACUGCUCAGAGAGGUGACUGGAGGAGCAAUAUCAAGCGACAAAGCUGACACAGUCCCAGGUUAUGACUUCUUGGUGAACUCAGUGUGGCCAGAGAUUAUCAAAGGGAUUGAGGAAAGGUUGGCCUACCUCUUCAACCCUGGGAACCCUGACAUAUUCUACGAGCGCUACAGUGUGAGUAUGGAGUUUGUGCGGAGGUUCGAGCGGCAGUGCAGCUCGCAGGCCAGUGUGAAGAGGCUGAGAGUGCACCAGUCCUAUACCAGCUUCCACAACAAAUGGAACCUGCCUGUCUACUUCCAGCUGAGAUACAAGGAAAUAGCAGGACGUUUGGAGAGCGCUAUAAGUGAUGGAUUAGAGGCGGCACCAGCUGGCAGUGCAUACCACCUGCAGGUAUCAGAGGUGCUGUGGUCCUGCUUAGUGAGGUGCUGGUCAGACAAGGUCUACCUGUCGCCGCUGGCCCACCGCUUCUGGAAGCUCACUCUGCAGCUGUACUCGCGAUACGCUAAGUUUCUCGAUGAGGUGUUGACGAAGACUCCGCCCCCUGAAGUGACGAAGGAGCCAAUCAGACCUCUGCCGAGCUCCGCCUCCUCCACGUCCAGCCGCACGUCGCUGGACGAGGCUGGCAGCGAGAGCGGGAGCCCCGUCUCUCUGUCCACCAAGCAACUGGUUCACAUUGCAGCGGACAUCCAGAAGCUGCAGGAGCAGAUCCCGGAGCUGUUCGAGAUCGUCAAACAGCGGUUUGAUGCCAUCGGAUUCAAGAACUUUGCCGUUGUGGAAGCGGCUCUAGCCGACUCCAAGGAGUGCCUGUCGAGCAGCAUUCCCACUUUAAACACCAGGAUGACACAGCAUCUGACUGAGCGCUGCUGCCGCUUCCUGAAAAGUGCCUCUGAGGUUCCACGACUCUACCGCAGGACGAAUAAAGAUCUUCCAGUACGUGCGUCGGCCUAUAUGGACAAUGCCUUGCGUCCGUUACACCAGUUAGUGAGCGACUCCUCUGGACUCGUGACCCCCAGCACAUCUCAGGAGUGGCUGCGUGUCGCACUGUCUGAAUGCACGCAAAAGUACUACGAGACCAUCUCAGAGGUGCUGAGCUCAGUGAGAAAGAUGGAAGAGAGUCUGAAGCGCUUGAAGCAGGCCAGAAAAGGAGCAGCCUCGACUACCACGUCGGGAGCAAAUGGCGGUCCCACGGAUGACAGCAAGAUUCGACUGCAGCUGGCUCUGGAUGUGGAGUAUCUGGGGGAACAGAUCCAGAAGAUGGGGCUUCAGCCACAUGACAUCUCCAUGUUCUCAGUACUGAUGGACCUUGUGAAUGAAGCCCGAGAGCUCGCUGAGCAAAACCAUUGAGAAGCUCACUCCACAGUGACUGAAAGCCUCUGACAUGCUGCGCACGUCUUUAUAUUAAUGCAGACUGGAGGGAAGCCAGCUUUAUGUGGGGGAAGAUGGAAAAAACAAGAAAAAAAAAACAAGUUGUGUUUCAGCAAUAUAUAAAAUUAUGUUUUUGAAAGGGCCUGAGUUGGUGGCUUGUUUCAGACACAGUGUACAAACAUUUAGGAUGAAAGGGGCUGAGUGGUGUUAUGUUUGUCAGAUGUUUUUAAUCGGGACUGAUGUUGGAUGCUCUCGAUAUGCACUAAUAAAGUUGUGCAAAAUUGUUGCUCUGAACUGAACUUGGGGUCUGAUGUUUACGAAAGAGUCUUCGGUCUGUUGUCGCAUGAGUGUAGAUCAUAUAAGGACAUUUUCUGCUGACAGAUGACUUUCUGAGUACCAAACUUGUAACAUGUACAUAUUUGUAACAAAAUGAUAUGUUUAAUAUAAUUUAUUUGGGAAUAAAAUGAAGAAUUUGGGACUCAUUUUCAAAGAAUUUUCUUCU